AUGUUGAAGCUGAGGAAGAAGUUUCUGGAACUUCUUCUAUGUGUGUUGAUUUUCUUCACUUGUGUUGUUGGCUAUGGAGAAGCUCAAUCCAAGAGUAUUCUUGUUGAUUGUGGCUCAAAUACUUCAACCAAAGCAGAUGGUAGAAUUUGGGUAGGUGAUUUGUCUCCCAACAAGAGUUUGACACUAAGUUCACCAGGAUUUGAUGUCGCUGCAUCAUCGACAUCGAUGGGGAAUUCGGUCUUUUCCGAGAUUUAUAAGACUGCUCGUGUUUUCGAGUCAAUGUUAAACUAUACAUUUGAAGGCAUUGCUCAAGGAAGUUACUUUGUUAGGCUACAUUUCAGUCCUUUCGCUAUCGAAAACCCCAAUGUGAAUGAGUCUUCUUUCAGUGUGUAUGCGGAUGGUCUUAGACUGAUGCUUGACAUCAACAUCCCGGGAGAAAUCGCGCAUAAAAAUCUCAUCUUGCUAAGCUCUGGCCACAAUGCUACUGCCUCUUCAUUGGUUAAAGAGUUUCUGUUACCUAUAGGACCGGGAAAACUGGUUUUGAGCUUCAUACCGGAGAAAGGAUCUUUCGGGUUUGUGAAUGCUAUUGAGAUUGUUUCUGGUGUUGAUAAGCUUUUCAAGGAAUCAGUUACUAAAGUGGGUGGAAAUGAAGUGGAGCUCGGUUUGAGUGGACGCGGGAUCGAAACUAUGUAUAGACUGAACGUUGGUGGUCCUAAGCUAGGUGCAAGCCGAGAUCUUGCGUUGUAUAGAACGUGGGAAACAGAUUCAAGCUACAUGGUGAUUGAGAACGCGGGUGACGAAGUCAAGAACUCCUCGAAUAUUACGUAUGCUUUGACUAAUGAUCCUCCUGUGGCUCCUCUUCUUGUUUACGAAACUGCUAGGAAGAUGUCAAACACUGAAGUCUUGGAGAAACGGUUCAAUAUUUCUUGGAAAUUUGAAGUGGAUCCGAAUUUCGAUUACCUGGUUAGGCUACAUUUCUGCGAGCUCGUUGUCGAUAAGGAGAACCAGAGGAUAUUUAAGAUAUACAUAAACAAUCAGACGGCUGCUGGUAAUUUUGAUAUAUAUGCGCACGCAGGUGGGAAGAACAAAGCUAUGUAUCAAGAUUACUUUGAUCCGGUCUCUUCGAAGAACAACAUUCUUUGGAUUCAACUCGGACCUGACACAUCCGUUGGUGCUUCUGGAACCGAUGCUCUUCUGAGUGGUCUGGAGAUUUUUAAACUCAGCAAAAAUGGGAAUCUUGCUCAUCUAUUCAGGUUUGAUUCGACUGGUCACUCGGUAGAUGACUCGAAGAUGCGGAUUAUUUGGAUAACUGUUGGUGCCGGUAUAGCAACGAUCAUUUUUUUCGCGUUCUUGGUAACUUUCGUUGUAUGUUUCUGCAAGAAAAGGCGAAAUAAAUCAAAUGAAUCCAAAAGCAAUCCGCCCGGGUGGCGUCCGUUGUUCUUGCAUGUCAAUAAUAGUACUGCAAACGCCAAAGCAACAGGAGGCUCGCUGAGACUGAACACUCUUGCAGCAUCUACUGGUAGGAAGUUUACACUAGCUGAGAUUCGUGCAGCCACCAAGAACUUUGAUGAUGGUUUAGCCAUUGGAAUUGGAGGAUUCGGUAAAGUCUACAGAGGAGAGCUUGAAGAUGGAACACUCAUAGCAAUAAAACGAGCCACUCCACAUUCUCAGCAAGGACUUGCUGAAUUUGAAACCGAGAUUGUGAUGCUCUCGAGGCUUAGGCAUAGGCAUCUUGUGUCUUUGAUCGGGUUCUGCGAUGAGCACAACGAGAUGAUCUUGGUUUAUGAGUACAUGGCAAAUGGAACUCUGAGGAGCCAUCUAUUUGGAAGCAACCUUCCUCCGUUAUCAUGGAAGCAACGUCUCGAAGCUUGCAUAGGCUCUGCGCGGGGAUUGCAUUACCUUCACACAGGCUCUGAGAGAGGAAUCAUUCACAGGGAUGUCAAGACAACAAACAUAUUACUAGAUGAGAACUUUGUGGCGAAGAUGUCUGAUUUUGGGCUGUCGAAAGCUGGACCGUCCAUGGACCAUACUCAUGUCAGUACAGCGGUGAAAGGAAGUUUCGGGUAUCUUGAUCCGGAGUAUUUCAGGAGGCAACAGUUAACAGAGAAGUCAGAUGUUUACUCUUUCGGCGUUGUGUUGUUUGAAGCUGUUUGUGCUCGAGCUGUUAUAAACCCAACUUUGCCUAAAGACCAGAUCAACCUUGCGGAAUGGGCUUUAAGCUGGCAAAAACAGCGAUCUCUCGAGUCAAUCAUCGACCCAAACCUGAAGGAAAACUACAGUCCUGAAUCGAUGGAGAAGUAUGGGGAGAUAGCAGAGAAAUGCUUAGCGGAUGAAGGGAAGAAUAGGCCAAUGAUGGGAGAAGUUUUAUGGCACCUGGAGUAUGUUUUGCAGCUACACGAAGCUUGGCUCCGCAAACAGAACGGAGAAAACUCGUUUUCGAGCAGCCAAGCAUUAGAAGAAGCACCGGAGAGCUCUACUCUUCAAGCUUGUUCCAAUCAAGAUUCCUCAGAAAUGGAGAAGAGCCAAACAGGAUCAUCAACUCUUCACAACAUGGUGUAA